AUGUCGACAGAAACGCCAAUAAAGGACACGGUGCUCCUUGAAAGACCUAUACCAAGGCGUCAUUGGGAGCUGACAAGUGACAAGAUUAAGAUGAUACAGAAGGUUGGAUCUGGUACAUUCGGCGAGGUGUGGUGGGGUACGAUGCGAGAGGGUCCCGAUAGGCCAAUGAUUAAUAUAGCCAUUAAAUUGACAAAGUUAGUACAAGAGAGCCAAGCAUUAGUUGAUCAAAUGUUCAAAGAAGCACGUGUGCUACGGCAGUACAAACACAGGUGGGGACGCACUUAA